CCGGAGGGGAGGGCUCUCUGCCAGGCCCUCUGGAGACUCCGUCUCCUCGGGAAAGGCGUGCGGAGGCUCGCUGGCGGAUUUGGGAAUUGCCCCCCAAAUUAGACCCUUCGGGGUGGAUGCGGUGCCAACGGAGAGAGGAGGGAGAAGGUGGCCCCGGAGUGUCCUGAGGAGCCCCGGAGGGAUGGUGGGAGAUGGCAGAUGAAGGAAUGAUGGGAUCUCUUCGUGGAAGGAGGCUGGAAUGGGUGGAAAUCAUCGAGCCUCGGACCCGGGAGCGCAUGUACGCCAACCUCAUCACGGGGGAGUGCGUGUGGGACCCCCCCGCCGGGGUGCGGAUCAAACGCACCAAUGAGAACCAGUGGUGGGAGCUCUUCGACCCCAACACCUCCCGCUUCUACUACUACAAUGCCACCACGCAGAGGACGGUGUGGCACCGUCCCCAGAACUGUGACAUCAUCCCGCUGGCCAAGCUGCAGACGCUGAAGCAGAACACGGAGUCGCCGCGGGCUUCCACGGAAAACAGCCCCGGCAGGAGCAGCAAUGUCAGCAGGGAGGGAAGCACCAGCUCGUCCUUGGAGCAGGAGCUGGAGGGCAACGAGAAGGUGCAGGAGCAGCGCUCCAGCCGCCAGUCCAGCCAGUAUUCCGUGGUGAAGGAGGAAACGGAAAGUUCGUCGCCUUCCGGCGUGUUCGAGAAAGAAUACGACAUUUACCGGGAUUACAGCACGGAAGGACAACUCCUGCACUACAGGACCUCAUCCCUCCGAUGGAACGCCGGCACCAAGGAGCGGAUGCUGAUCAAGGUGACGGAUCGGGAGCCCAGCUUCCUCCUCCACCAAGGCAACGGCUACGCCCCGGAAAACCAACCGGGCUCCCGCUCCCGCCGGCCCUCGGGCGGCCAACAGUCGCCCAACCUCCAAACCUUCUCCUCGGACGCCGACAACUCCGUCUUCUUCCCGGAGAGGAAGCAGUCGCCCUUCCUGAAGAGGGCCGAGCACGUGGGCAGCUGCUCGCCGCUGCUGGGCCGGGGCGAUUCCUUCUGCUCGCCUCUCCAAGCCCAGCACCGCAAACAUUCCAGCGAAUCCCAGCCCUCGUCGCCCCGCUACGCCUACGAGCCCCCGCUCUACGAGGAGCCCCCCAUGGAAUACCAGGCUCCCAUCUACGACGAGCCGCCCGUGGACAUGCAGUACGAAGCCAGCGGCAGCUACAAGGCCGGGUCGCCGCAGAAAUCGCCCAUCCGGAAGCCUCACCCUUUCCUCCAGUCGCCCAAGCAAGGCUCCAACUCGCCCUACCAGCAGUUGGUGCUCACCAAGCAGAAGUGUCCCGACCGCUUCAUGAGCCUGGAAUACAGCCCGGCCGGCAAGGAAUACGUCCGGCAGUUGGUCUACGUGGAGCAGUCGGGCUCCAGCCCCAAGAUGAAGACGGGCCUGAGGCACAAAUAUUCCCCCAACCCCAUCGGCGGCUCCUACUCGCUGCAGCACAGCCCCUGCCUGGUGCGGGACCAACGCCUGGAGAUCAAAUCGGGUGACUACAGCAGCAUGGAGGGACCCGACUUCUGCCCCGGCCCCACGGGGGCCCAGGUGGCCCAGGGCGAGGACUCCAUGUCCUGGUCCAGCCAGCAGGACACCUUGUCCUCCACCGGUUACUCACCCUCCACCAGGAAGAGGAAAAGCCGGAAGCCUUCGGCGAACCACGACGCCAACGCCUCCUCCACGGACGGCUCGGGGGAGCGGGAGGCGUUGGGCGAGCUGGGUGAGGAGCGAGCCACGCCGGGGCCCAACAGGUCGCCGAUGAACCGGACGGAGAGCAAGGCGGCCGAGGCGGAGGCGGUGCGGGGCUUCCCGGAGCCGUUCCUGGCGCAGGCGCGCCUGGCGUGGGAAGCGCAGCAGGCCCACUACCACAUGAAGCAGCGGAGCAGCUGGGAUUCCCAAAAGGACGGUUCAGGCUACGAGAGCGACGGAGCCCUCCCGCUGCCCAUGCCGGGCCCGGUGGUGCGAGCCUUCAGCGAGGACGAGGCGUUGGCGCAGCAGGAGAACAAGCACUGGAAGAGGAACACCUUCGAGAAGCUGGGCUUCCCCCAGAUCCUGCUGGAGAAGAGCGUCUCCGUGCAGACCAACCUGGCCUCCCCCGAGCCAUACCUGCAUCCAUCUCAGUCCGAGGACCUCGGCGCCUGCGCGCAGUUCGAGAGCAGCCGGCAGACGCGGAACAUGAUGCCGAGCGCCAGCUGCGUCUUCCCCACCUUCAACCUGCGCAAGCCCUCCUCGGAGACGGACAUUGAGAACUGGGCCUCCAAGCACUUCAACAAGCACACCCAAGGGCUCUUCCGCCGCAAGGUCUCCAUCGCCAACAUGCUGGCCUGGAGCAGCGAAUCCAUCAAGAAACCCAUGAUCAUGACCAACGACCGCAACGUCAAGAAGGAGGCGUGCGAGAUCUUCAAGCUCAUCCAGAUGUACAUGGGCGACCGGCGGGCCAAGACGGACCAGCUCAACGUGGCCUUGGAGAUCGCCACCAAAGGUUGGAGCAUGCAGGGGCUGCGAGACGAGCUCUACAUCCAGCUGUGCCGGCAGACCACCGAGAACUUCCGUUACGAGAGCCUGGCCCGCGGCUGGGAGCUCAUGGCCAUUUGUUUGGCCUUUUUCCCACCCACUCCCAAAUUCCAUUCCUACCUUGAAGGAUACAUUUACCGGCACAUGGAUCCGGUGAAUGACACCAAAGUCUCGCGGCACCUGCGGCACCUCCUGGCCAGGACCAAUCAGAAGAAACCCAAAUUGCGCAAGAAGCCCAAGGCCCAGAGCCAGGAGAGCCCGGGGGUGGCCAUCAGCACUUACGCCAAGUACUGCUACAACAAACUCCAGAAGGCGGCGCUGACCGGGGCCAAGAAGGGCCUGAAGAAGCCGAACAUCGAGGAGAUCCGUCACGCCAAGAACGCCGUCUUCAACCCGUCCAUGUUCGGCAGCUCCCUGCAGGACAUCGUGGCCAUGCAGAAGGAGCGGUACCCGGACCGGCAGCUGCCCUGGGUGCAGACCCGGCUCUCCGAGGAGGUCCUGGCACUCAACGGCGACCAGACCGAGGGCAUCUUCAGGGUCCCCGGUGACAUCGACGAGGUCAACGCCCUCAAGCUGCAGGUGGACCAAUGGAAGAUCCCCACCGGCUUGGAGGACCCGCACGUUCCCGCGUCGCUGCUGAAGCUGUGGUACCGCGAGCUGGAGGAGCCGCUGAUCCCGCACGACUUCUACGAGCAGUGCAUCUCCCACUACGAGAACCCCGAGGCCGCCAUCGCCGUCGUCCACUCCCUGCCCCGGAUCAACAAGAUGGUGCUGUGCUACCUCAUCCGCUUCCUCCAGGUCUUCGUGCAGCCGGCCAACGUGGCCGUCACCAAGAUGGACGUCAAUAACCUGGCCAUGGUGAUGGCCCCCAACUGCCUGCGCUGCCAGUCGGACGACCCGCGGAUCAUCUUCGAGAACACGCGCAAGGAGAUGUCCUUCAUCCGUGUCCUCAUCCAGCACCUGGACACCAGCUUCAUGGAGGGCGUCCUAUAGCGGCUGCCACCGCGCCGUCCCCACCCCGCCACCCUGUCCCCUCCGAGGGUCAAAGUCCCCAGGUGGUGGCACCUAUCUCCACCAAGAACCAGGAGGUCCGUGAGGUUCUUCACCACGUGGUGAGUUCCAUCUCCACCAAGAAAGAGGAGGUCCAUGAGGUUCUUCAACCUCACAUUGUGGUGAGCUCCAUCUCCACCAAGAACCAGGUCUGUGAGGUUUUCCAAAUUCACCACAUCGUGAGCUCCAUCUCCACCAAGAACCAGGAGGUCCAUGAGGUUCUUCACCACGUGGUGAGUUCCAUCUCCAACAAGAACCAGGAGGUCUGUGAGGUUCUCCAACCUCACAUUGUGGUGAGCUCCAUCUCCACCAAGAACCGGGAGGUCUGUGAGGUUCUCCACCACGUGGUGAGUUCCAUCUCCACCAAGAACAAGGAGGUCUGUGAGGUUCUUCACCACGUAGUGAGCUCCAUCUCCAGCAAGAACCGGGAGGUCCGUGAGGUUCUUCACCACGUGGUGAGUUCCAUCUUCAACAAGAACCAGGAGGUCCAUGAGGUUCUCCAACCUCACAUUGUGGUGAGCUCCAUCUCCAACAAGAACCUGGAGGUCCACGAGGAUCUCCACCACGUGGUGAGCUCCAUCUCCACCAAGAACCAGGAAGUCCAUGUGGUUCUUCAGUGUGUGGUGAGAUCCAUCUCCAUCAAGAACCAGGAGAUCCAUGAGGUUCUCCACCACAUGGUGAGCUCCAUCUCCACAAGAACCAGGAGAUCCGUGAGGUUCUCCACCACAUGGUGAGCUCCAUCUCCACAAGAACCAGGAGAUCCAUGAGGUUCUCCACCACAUGGUGAGCUCCAUCUCCACAAGAACCAGGAGAUCCAUGAGGUUCUCCAGCUUCACCACAUGGUGAGCUCCAUCUCCAGCCGGACCUCAUGGACAGAGAGCAUCCAGGGAUUGUCUCUGUCCUUUUCUGCCGGACAAGGAGAAGUCCUUGAGGUCCAUCCCGACCUUCUGGCUGUGUCACUGCCUGGUUCUUCUCUGGGGGAGUCACGAGGAACAUCCCGGCUCUGAGGGGUCUCCAUGGGGUUGGGAAGGUGGGAGAAGUUCACCUGGACACCAGGGGACUACUGUGACAAUUGUCCCCCACAGGGAAGAGACCUGGGAGGUCCCCAUGGGAGUGGUGGCCCGGGGGGGUCAUGGUGGCCGAUUGUCCAUCCUGGAAGAGCUGAGUGGGCUGGAUGUCCCCAUGUGUCACCACUUCCAUCCUGUCCCACACGUGUUGGUACCACCAGGACUUGUCUCAGAACCCACCAGGUCUGCCCGGCCCUGUUGGACCUGUCCCAGGACCUCCCAUCUGCUCCUGGUUCUUCUGGGUCCAUCUUGGUGUCCAUCCAACUCCCGAACCAAUCUUGGGGUCCAGCAUCUCCUUCUGGUCCUCCUGAACCCAUCUUGGGGUCCACCAUCAUCUCCUGGGUCCAUCCUGGGGUUCAUCAUCUCCUGGUCCUCCUGAACCCAUCUUGGGGUCCACCAUCAACUCCUGGAGCCAUCUUGGGGUCCAGCAUCUCCUUCAGGUCCUCCUGAACCCAUCUUAGGGUCCACCAUCAUCUCUUGGAGCCAUCUUGGGGUCCAGCAUCUCCUCCUGGUCCUCCUGAACCCAUCUUGGGGUCCACCAUCAUCUCUUGGAGCCAUCUUGGGGUUCAUCACCUCCGGGUCCUUCUGAACCCAUCUUGGGGUCCACCAUCAUCUCCUGGGUCCAUCCUGGGGUUCAUCAUCUCCUGGUCCUUCUGAACCCAUCUUGGGGUCCACCAUCAUCUCUUGGAGCCAUCUUGGGGUUCAUCAUCUUCUGGUCCUCCUGAACCAUCUUGGGGUCCACCAUCAACUCCUGGAGCCAUUUUGGGGUCCAUCAUCUCCUCCUGGACCCAUCCUGGCCCUCAUCACCUCCCCCAGCUUCUCCUGGACCUGUUCUGGUGCCCUUCCCCUCCUCCAGAUCCUGCCCAACCCCUCUUGGUGGCCCAAAUCUCCUCGUGGACCCACCUUGGCACCCACCAGCUCCUCCUGGUCCUGCAAAACCCACCCAGGACAGCUCUGCUUGACCCCUCUGCACCCAUCCUGGUGUCCACCAUCUCCUCCAGGUCUCACCUUGGUGUCCAUCUCCUCCUCCUUCUCCUGGACCCAUCCUGGUGUCCAUCAUCUCCUCCUGCUUCUCCUGGACCCUUCCUGGUGUCCAUCAUCUCCUCCUGCUUCUCCUGGACCCAUCCUGGUGUCCACCAUCUCCUCCAUGUCUCACCUUGGUGUCCAUCUCCUCCUGCUUCUCCUGGACCCUUCCUGGUGUCUUUCAUCUCCUCCUGCUUCUCCUGGACCCAUCCAGGUGUCCAUCAUCUUCUCCAAGUCCUCCAAGACCCAUCCUGGUGUCCAUCAUCUCCUCCUGCUUCUCCUGGAGCCAUCCUGGUGUCCAUCAUCUCCAGGUCUCACCUUGGUGUCCAUUUCCUUCUGCUUCUCCUGGAGCCAUCCAGGUGUCCAUCAUCUCCUCCAGGACCCACCUGGGCACCUGUCUCCACCUGGUCCUGCCCAGCCCACCUUGGUGUCCCCAGUGUCCUCCAGGACCCAUCUUGGUGUCCCUGAUCUCCUCCUGGACCAACCUUGGUGGCCCCUAUCUCCUCCAGGUCCAACCCUGGUGCCCCCAAAUCUCCACUUGGUCCUGCCCAACCCACCUGAGCACCAUCAUCUCCUCCAGAUCCCACCUGAGCACCCCCCAAUUCCCUCCAGGUCCUCCUGGUCCCCCCAGAUCUCCACCAGGUCCCACCUUGGUGACCCCAGCCAACCUUGGUGCCUCCACCUCCUCCAGGUUUCACCUUGGUGCCCCCAAAUCUCCUCCAGGUCCUCCAGCUCCCACCUUGGUUCCGCCCGAUCUCCUCCAGGUCACACCUUGGUGCCCUCAAUCUUCUUCAGGACCAAUCUUGGUGCCCUCAAUCUUCUUCAGGACCAACCUUGGUGCCCCCAGUCUUCUUCAGGACACCAUCAUCUGCUCCAGGUCCCACCUGAGCAACCCCCAACUUCCACCAGGCCCUCCAGGUCCCACCUUGGUGCUCCCCAACCU